AUGACUUCUCCCGCCUUCUCCGAGCUCAUCAAGGAUCUGCAACAAGAGAUGGGCACCGUCACCGAGAUCAAGGACUCAAAUCGCGCCUCGCCCUUCAAGGACCACCUAAACAUGGUCGCCGAGGGUAUGGGCGGUCUGCAAUGGGUUGUCUUCGAGGGCAAGCCCGCCGACUAUGUUGCUGAGAUUCUGGGCGGUGUCCAACUGUUUGGAAACAGAGUGCUCAAGGAAUACAAGGAAAAGUCCGUUGCCAAUCCUCCCUCUUUGUCCACUUCAAUUGACUGA